AUGUCCCUCCAGAAACUUCUCGAUCCACUAAUGAAGCCGGCGGCUCGCUUCUAUAAGGCGCGCUUGGGCAAGGAGCUGAACAAGAUGGGUCUUCGAUAUGAAGAUUUGAUGAGUAGAGACGAACCUGAGGUUAACGAGGCUUUGGAACUGGCUCAUCCUGAUGUCGUUGAAGGACGUUACCGCAGGUUGAAGCGUGCUAGUGACCUAGCCUUCAAGCAAAAGAACCUUCAAGAUUAUGCACCCGAUAUGGUUUUGGAACCUUUCAAACUGGAAUUCACCGAAGAUGUGGAUAAGAUUCUUGCACGAGACGUUGAAUUCGAUCUUCUGAACAACAGUAAGAAGGGCUAA